AUGGACGCCAUCACGUUACUCACCCAGACUGAAUCACCGCUAUCACGUCUUCCUGCAGAAUUUCGCAACAAGGUUUAUGACUACGGCUUCCGCGUGGAGUGCAUCGAAUUCCGCUCGAUGAGGCUUAAGGUGGCACAAGAAUCUCGCGAUACGGCUUCUUAUACUGUCGAGGAAACAGAUACCUCUCCUCCUUCCCAACCACUUUUCGUGCUUCUCCAGUCUAGAUUGGUAUGUCGUCAAUACCACGCGGAGACGAAGCUGCUGAUCUUCGAAAUCUCAGUUCUCCGUUUAGCGCUCAGCAAAUUUCCGCAAGAUUGA